GAUCAGUUCAACGACCACAUUCAGAUGGUGAGAAAUGGAACGAAGCUGAGCAGCCUCCCCCAGAUCCCGACCCCGACGCUCCCUCCUCCACCCUCAGAAACAGAUUUCAUGCUGACGGCAUUCCAGCCCAACCCAUCCCUUACUCCCAGGCUCCCCUUUCCCAUCGGACCUGUCCCCGUCCCCAUGGUCAUGCCAAGUGCUGACCCUCGGGCGCUGUCCUUUCCUCUCCUGAACCCUGCCAUCUCCAGACCCAACCAGCCUUCCCCGCCGCUGCCAGCUUCCCAAGGAAGGAACAGCCCGGUAGUGGCAUCGCUUAUGGGCACGCACAGCCCUCACGUGCCUCCCGCUGCCUCCAUCCCCCCUCCGCCCGGCCUGGCAGCAGUUAACAUCGCUCCAGAGUUCCAGAGGCUGCAGCCAGCUGAUAAGCUGGAAAAGCUGCUGGAGAAGUUGCUGACUCGGUUUCCACAGUGCAACAAGGCCCAGCUCACCAACAUCCUGCAGCAGAUCAAGCCUGCUCGGAGGACCAUGGCGGGUCUGACCAUGGAGGAGCUGCCCCAGCUGGUGGCAGCGAAGCUGCCGGAGCAGCAGGAGCGGGCGGCAGCCGGGGCUCAGAAGCUCGUGCAGCCCAGUGACCUUCACCCCAUGGCCUGCUCACACGUGCUGCACAAGGAGUGCAUCAAAUUCUGGGCACAGACCAACACAAAUGACACUUGCCCCUUUUGUCCAAGUCUCAAAUGACGGCUACUCGAACAAAGCGGUCCCGCAGGAGGAGUUGCUGUGAAUAGACAGGAUCAGUUCCCAGAUUUCUACAGUUCUAUAUUUAUACGACCAUGUAUACACAUGUACAUUUUUAUUAUAUAGGGAAUGUGUGUAUAGAAAGUCUGUAUACAUACAAAUUGAUAAAUAAAGUGUGUAUAUUAUGC